AUGCGUUACCAAGUCGGGUCGAUCCAAGAAGUCGCGGAGUCGGAGGACGAAGAAGCGGAGGGGGAGGAGCCAGAGCGCGGGGAAGGUAGUACCGCCGGGGGAGGCGGAGCGGAUGGGUGGGGGGGAGGAACGGGGGAAACUGACGGGGAAGAUGGCCGCGGGGGGACUGCGCCGGGGGGAGCCAGAGAAGGGGGGGAUGAAGCGGGCAGCGCGGAGAGAGUCAGGCGGGGGAAGCUCGGGCGAGUGAGCUUUGCUGCUGGCACGUGGAAACUCGGCGUUGACGGCACAAUGGAGGAGGUUAAUAACGAGGAUGCGGCAGAUGAUGACAGUGGAAUGAAUGCACCCUACGGCGAGGGGCACAGCGGGGUCGCCGGUCUCGCCGGUGCUGACACGUGGCACUCCGCCGCCGCCGGCAUCUUCGCUUCCGCCGCUUCCGCCAUUUCCUCCACUUCCUCCGCGUUCCCCGGCGAUUCCGACGCGGAAGAGCCUUCUAGCGGCCCGUCGUCCUCGGCAUUUUAUAACGAGCUGUUCGGGAUCGGCGAGGCGCCGUUGAUCAACCUGAUCCGACGGUACCACGACGCGCUCACCGCGCACGGGCUGGCGGAGGAGGCGCAGGAGAUCGCCGCGUCCGCCGCCGCGCGACUCGUGAGCAUCAAGAGCAUGGCUUCGCGCAGGCGGGGCGCGGCGGAAGAGGAUGAGGUGGAUGGGGAGGGGGAGGAUGGAGAGGAGGGGGACGGGAGAGGGGGAGAAGGAGGAGUGGGAGGUGGGUGGGGGCCGGGGCGGAUGGAGAACGAGGAGGAGGGGGAGGGGGCGAGGAGCGAGGUGAUGGUGAGGGAGGGCCUGCAGAAGUAUCUGAUUGCCAUGCAGCCAAACCUGCUGUGCGCGCAGCCACAGGUGGUGACGUUCAGCCACGUGUCAGUGACAAAGAAGGUGGUGGUCAUCCCGGAUCAGAUCAAAAACUGCUUCAACGCGCCGUAUUUCAAGCUCAAGUCUGUCGCGGGAUGGCAGAGGAAGGAGACCAUUCACGUGCUUGAUGAUGUCUCAGGCUUCCUCAUGCCAGGGACUCUCACACUCCUCCUGGGAACCUCAGGCAGCGGCAAGUCAACGCUCAUCCGCCUGCUGGCCGGCCGCCAACCCCCAACCAACGGCACCGUGGCUUUCAACGCCUUCCCCAUCACGCCCUCCCGCGCGCACCGCCUCGUAGGGGUCGGUUUCGACGCCGACUGCCAUCUUCCCGCGCUCUCCGUGCACGAAACCCUCGCCUUCGCCCGCCACUGCUCGUACCCGCUGUCAGUCAAGCAGCUGCUGCAGCACCCCAUGCUGGGCAAGGCGCUGCGGGCGAGCAUAGAGAGGGGCGAGGAUCCCCUGGUGGCGUCCCGAGAGGCCAUGUUUGGGCUGAGAAGACAUGCCGGGGAGCGGGUUGGGUCAGGGGCGUUGACUCGGGACGAGGUGCACCGGCUGACUGCUGCUGAGCUCAUGGUCGGCGCUUACCCGGUGCUGCUGUUCGAUCGCAUCAGCCAAGUGCUGCUGUUCGAUCGCAUCAGCCAAGUGUAUGAUGGGCCCUCCACGCACAAGAUGCUCACCCUACGCGCGUGUGCUGCUUCUCCCUCCUCCCUCCCCACCACCCUUGGCAGGUCAGCCCUCCCCUCCUUCCCCCUUUCCCCCUUCCCCAUUCCCCCCUUCCCCCUUUCCCCCUUCCCCCCUUCCCCCUUCCCCCCUUCCCCAUUCCCCCCUUCCCCCCUUCCCCCUUCCCCCCUUUCCCCCUUCCCCCCUUUCCCCCUUCCCCCCUUCCUCCCUUCCCCCCUUCCUCCCUUCCCCCCUUCCUCCCUUCCCCCCUUCCUCCCUUCCCCCCUUCCCCCCUUCCCCCCUUCCCCCCUUCCCCCCUUCCCCCCUUCCCCCCUUCCCCCCUUCCCCCCUUCCCCCCUUCCCCCCUUCCCCCCUUCCCCUUUCCUCACCCAAGCACAUGACUCUCAUCCUUUGCACAGCCGCAGUCUUGUCUCUGUGCGGCAACACGCGGUGCUGUGCUCCCUCCCUGCAGCAGUGGCCCACACAGGCGGUCUUCUCUCUCUUCGACCGUGUCCUUGUGUCCACCCCCUCACUAACACCCACACCUGCACCCACACACCUCCAUCCACCCACAUUCACCAGGUGCGGCAGCACGCGGUGCUGUGCUCCCUGCAGUGGCCCACACAGGCUGUCUUCUCCCUCUUCGACCGCGUGAUAGUGCUCAACCAGAUCUGA